AUGACUGCAUACGGGCACAUGCCUGGCGAGGCAAUCGAAUGUUUGUCGAUUGCCGUCGAACUUCAUAAACAAGAAGUCGUCGAUGCUCGUGGAAAUGUCACAAUUCGUGUUGGAUUCAAAAUUGGCGGCGGAAUCGAUCAGGAUCCCACCCAAGCCCCCUUCAAGUAUCCGGAUGCUGGAGUUUAUAUCACAAAUGUCGAACCGGGAUCGCCGGCGGAGACGGCGGGGCUUAGGAAACAUGAUAAGAUUUUGCAGGUCAACGGCGCCGAUUUCACAAUGAUGACACACGACAGAGCGGUGAAAUUCAUCAAACAAUCGAACGUUUUGCACAUGCUCGUCGCUCGAGCCGAUCUUCCACCAGUCAGCCUUCAUUGA